AGUCUUCAGUGAGUUGUACUUGGUGCCGGUUGCGUUUGCGCAUUCGUAUUGAUUUAACGUUGUUUGGAUUUGCAUCGGUUCUCGGUAGUGUACGGAAUAUGUGUCCUUUUUUAAUCGUGACCGAUCGAUUUCGCUUCAAGCAAACUAAAUUUAUUCUGACAGUGGUUAUAAAGUUGUUUAUUUAAGGAAGUGGCGAUAAUGCGAUAACUUGCGAAGAGAAACAGAAAUGUGUUGCAAAAUCAUGUGAGAAUGGCCCAUUUUUUGGACGUAUAUCCUAGUGAAUUCGAAGUGAAUUCAAAGUGAUUGUCAGUGCAAAAGUGAAAACACCUUGAAUAGUGAUAGAAAUUAAGGAAUUUUUUUUUCAUUUUGAAAAUAUUAUGAAAAUAGCGUCGAAAAAUUUUGUGUGAAAAUAAAAUGCAUGGCUUGAGCGAGAAGAUGUAUUGGAAGUAUUUUUUUGUGUUUGUGUGCCUGUUCGUUGGUCAUUAUUGUGAAAAUUCGUGGGAUAAUGAUGAAGUUGAAAAUCAGCAGGUUGAAAGCCGUAGACUGAAUGGCCAUUAUUAUCGGCAUAGUUUACGAAAUGAUGUUGAAACAUCAAACCAUCAUCAACUUCGUGUGUUAUCCGAUGAGCCAUCGAAUGGUGAGUCGGUGCCUUUUGGUGCGGUCGAUCGAAAAAAUGUGCGUCGUACAAAACUUAGACGUCGUAAAAUGGGUAGCAGCUAUAAAAAAACGAACACAUUUCGCCGGGGUCAACGUAACCGUCAUAACAAAAAUGGAUUUCAAGUAGUGUCCGACGCGGAUUACACAUCCGAUGCUGAUAAUAAUAAAGACGAUGAGGAGACGAACGAGGCUGGCCUCUGGCCACCAGUCGUGAACGUUGCACCGAGAGCUAUUCUACAUGCGAAUGCAACCUGUGGUCAAAGCCAUCGUGAGGAAUUUUGUCACACAAUCGAUGCACAUCCCCAGCGGCAACGUAAGCCAAAAUGCAGCGUUUGUGAUUCGCAUGACGCUGAUCGACAACACCCAAUUGACUAUGUUAUUGAUGGAUCACAGAAAUGGUGGCAAAGUCCGACUUUAAAUAGCGGUGCAGAAAAUGAAUAUAUUACUAUUACGAUGGACUUAAAACAGAACUUCCAAGUGAUAUUCAUAGCGCUCAAAGCGGCAGUUUCUCCACGACCAGCGUCUUGGGUUCUGGAACGGUCAUUUGAUGGAUAUGAGUAUUUUCCAUGGCAAUACUUUGGCGUGAAUGACGAUGACUGUCGAAAACGAUACAACCUUCCGGGUCAAAAUGAACCAUACCAACUCGAAACAGAUGAUCAAAUCAUCUGUUCCACACAAUUUUCGAAGGCGGUACCCUUGGAAAACGGUGAAAUUCACAUAAAAGUACUGGAAGGACGACCAGGAACGAAAACAAAAGUGAUACCAACCACUUUGCUUGAUUUCACGUUGGCGCGAUAUUUAAGAUUUCGUUUCCAAGGAAUGCACACAACGCUACAAUCGUCCAAUAGCAUUCAAUGGCUUGUCGAUCGCGAUCAGCUGAAUAAACGAAGCUUUUACUCGUUACGUUAUAUCAAGAUCGGCGCUCGUCUUGACUGUAAUGGACACGCAAAACAGGCGAAGCUAUAUAACGAUGAUGAGGUAAUUGAAUGUGAAUGUGCCCACAAUACUUGUGGUGUAAAUUGUGAAAAAUGUUGUCCGUUGUACAAUCAAAAACCGUACAAGCAAGGCACAUCAACUGAUAGAAAUGCGUGCGAAAAAUGUGAGUGCUAUGGACAUUCCAACGAAUGCUAUUAUAAUCCAGAGGUCGAUCAUCGUGGCAUAAGUAUUAACACAGAUGGCGUUUAUAGUGGAGGCGGUGUUUGUCUCAACUGCACGGAUUUAACGAGUGGAAUUAAUUGUGAAAAAUGUAUCAGUAGCUAUUAUCGGCCGUAUGGAGUUUCGCCCAGUGUAAAAGAACCAUGUAUUCCGUGCGAAUGCAAUCCAAUCGGUACGAUUGGAACGUGUGCAGGUAUCGGAGGCGCAUGCACCUGUAAACGAGGUUUCGCGGGAAAAAAGUGCGCAGAGUGUGCGCCAGGAUUCAGUGGACAAAAUUGCACACAAUGCCCUUGUAAUUCUCGUGGAACAAUGCCCGGCGGUGAAUGCGAAUCGCAUUGUCAGUGCAAGCUCUACGUCGAAGGCGAACUUUGUGACAAAUGUAUGCCAGGAUAUUUUGGACUAUCAGAAUUAAAUCCUGAAGGUUGUACGAAAUGUUAUUGCUCGGGUGUUGGUAAUAUCUGUGAAAGUAGUAACAUUGUAACGAACACGUAUGAAACAAUGGAAGAUUGGAAAAUAACGGACAUUUCGCGUUCUUACAUUUUGUAUCCUUCGAAAGAUAACGAAACCGGCUUUCUGGUGUUCAACAUGUACGAAAUGUCGGAAUCCAUAUAUUGGCUUGCACCUGAUUUGUACUGCGGCAAUAAGUUACAAAGCUAUGGUUCCAAUUUUGUUUUCACUAUCUCUUGGAUUGUUGUCCGAGGAGACACUAGUGGAAAACCAACUUUCUGUCCCACAUUAAUCAUAGUCGGUGUAAAUGGCAUGAAAAUUGCCAUCGGAGAUGAAAUUUUUUCGGAAACAAACUCAACGAUCUCGAUUCAAUUAACAGAGCAUGGAUGGUAUCAAAUGCCACAGACAAUAUCGGAGAACAGCGGAUUACUUCGACAGAAUGAGUAUCGUGGUGAUCAUGUGUCUCGAUCGCAGUUUCUAUCAAUUUUAAGUAAUAUCGAAAGUGUCAUGCUACGCGGAUCGUUCCACACGGAUCAAGCGGAAAGUAUUUUGAUUCGUGCUUCGUUGGAAUUUAGCAAAGGAACGAAAAAUGAAUUGCGAUCAAACUUGGUGGAGCAAUGCACUUGUCCGCAAGGAUACACUGGAUUGUCAUGUGAAUCCUGUGAUUUUGGUUAUGUGCGGGCAUAUGAGAACACCACAUCGAUUCAACUGGGUAUCUGUUUGCCAUGCUCAUGCAACGGUCAUGCUGAAUCUUGUGACUUGACAGCGAAUAAGUGCAGCGAAUGUACACAUAACACAACGGGUGAAAGAUGUGAAUCAUGCGCAUCGGGCUACUAUGGUAAUGCCAAACUAGGAACACCGCUUGAUUGUAAACGAUGUGCCUGUCCGUUGCUCAAUGACGAAAAUAACUUUUCACCAACUUGCCAACUGAGAGACUCUACGUUUGAUCAACAGAACGAAGUUACCAGUGACUACAGUUUGAUUUCCUAUCAAAACAACGACUAUGUUUGCACUGAAUGUCCAGAAGGCUACAUUGGAGACCACUGUGAAAGUUGCGCCGAUGGAUAUUAUGGAGUUCCAACGAAACUAUCUUCACAGUGCUUAAAAUGCCAAUGCAAUGGAGGACCUUGUGAUCCUAUUACCGGUAAAUGUGUUACGUGCCAAGGAAACACGGAAGGGUGGCGAUGUGAACAAUGUAAGUCAGGCUUCUUCGGAAAUCCAGCAAAGGGAUGUGAACUAUGCCGUUGCCAAAGCGAAGGAUCAGAGGAUAACAAUUGCGAUAGAGAAAGUGGUCAAUGCAAAUGCAAAAAGAACUAUGAUGGAUAUCAAUGUGACGAGUGUGCGUUUGGAUACGCAAACAUCUCGCUUGGUUGCCCAGCGUGCAAUUGCAAUAGCAGCGGUUCGAUUGAGAAUUUCUGUGACACUCACAGCGGCCAGUGUCCGUGCAAAAUGGGUGUCGAAGGAUUGCGGUGUGACGAAUGCGUGGAGGGAUUCUAUGGUCUCUCAACGGACGGAUGUCAAGAAUGCCACUGCAAUCCGUUGGGUUCGGUUGCGCAAAAUUGCAACAAACACAAUGGUCAAUGCUACUGCCGCGAGAAUGUAACAGGUCGUACUUGUGAUAAAUGCUCGGAAGGAUUUUGGAAUCUUGAAUCUGGGAAAGGUUGUCAAAGUUGCGCCUGCAAUGGCAUCGGUAGCAUCAAUUUCAGUUGUAAUGCAUACACCGGCCAGUGUAAUUGCAAGCCCGGCGUUGGUGGUCCGAAGUGUGAUUCAUGCCUUGAAGGCUACUAUGGAUACUCGGCGAUUGGAUGCAAACGCUGCGAUGAGUGUUCAAACUCAGCUUAUAAUUGCGAUCCAGAAUCAGGCCGGUGUAUUUGCCCACUGCACAGCAAAGGAAUCGAUUGCAAUCAAUGUAUGCCAAACUCAUACGGAUGGGAGCACAAAAAAGGUUGCAAAUUAUGUGAAUGCGAUCACACCGGUUCGAUUGGUCAGUCGUGUGACUUGUACACGGGCCAAUGCUUGUGUCGUGAAGGCUUCACGGGACGUCAAUGCAACCGAUGUUCAAUCGGAUACUUUGGUUAUCCAAGCUGUGAACGAUGCAACUGUAAUCGUGAUGGAUCGAUAAUUGCAAAUGAUACCGAACCAAUUGCUUGUAAUGAAGAAGGGCAAUGCUCGUGCAAAGCAUUGGCGACUGGUAAAAAGUGUGACCAAUGCAUCGAAUCAACAUUUGGACUAUCGAAACAUAAUGCGGACGGUUGUACGAGAUGCUUCUGUUUUGGUCGAUCCAAUGAAUGUACGCAAAGUGACUUCAGCUGGGGAUUGAUUAGAGCCACCGAAACACGAUGCGUGACCGUUGAAUAUCAGAAUAUCGAAUAUGUAGCACUUCAAACACCGGAUAACAGUCUCGCAAUUAACUACGAAACCAAUUUUCAAACAUUUGAUGGGUUGUCGGUUAUUCCUGGCACAAAUGGAAAUGUGUCGAUGAAAUCAUCGCGUGGAUUUGAGACGCCUCUCUAUUUCGAAAUGCCCAAGCAAUUCAUCGGAGAUCGAUUGCUGAGCUAUGGUGGUCUUCUCAAAUUCAACAUCGAAAUGAUGGAGUGUAAAACCGAACUUGAUCAAAUAACACUGCAACACUUCCCAUUGAUUCGGAUUCACGCCCAUAACUCAUUGAAUUUAGACUAUUUUGGGCCGGAAUCAUUUGAGACCACAUCAAACAUCACGCAAACAAUUCAAAUGGUUGAAAAUAAUUGGAAGCUGCAUCCAAGCGGCGAAGUAGCUUCAAGAGGAAUAUUCAUGACUGCCUUACAGAAUAUCACAUAUAUUUUGGUUCGAGGAGCAUCAUCAGUUGCUUUCACAAGUCUCACAUUAUCAAACGUAACAUUGGAAACGGCCAUUUUCAUAUCGGGAUCGAAAAAUAAUUUGGCCAUUGGAGUUGAAAUGUGUCAGUGCCCCGAGAUGUAUGAGGGAUCAUCGUGUCAAAAUCCAGGUGAUGGAUACUAUCGUUACAGAGAGACGAUAACUGAAUCAUCUCAUCUGCACUACGAACAUUUUGUCGGAAUAUCAAAGCCAUGUGAAUGCAACGGUCGAAGCAAUAGUUGUAACAAAGAGACUGGUUACUGUGAGAUGUGUGCCAAUAACACCGGUGGAGCUAAAUGUGAAGUAUGUGCUGAUGGUUAUUAUGGAGAUCCGAAAGAAUUCGGUUGCCAGUCAUGCCCAUGCCCAGAAACUCAUCGCAACUUCGCUAAAGGAUGCACAUUUCGCCAUGGAAGAGUCAGUUGUAGCUGUCGACUUGGGUACAUUGGCGAUUUUUGCGACAGUUGUGCACCAGGAUUCUAUGGAUCGCCAGAACAAGAGGGAGGUGGGUGUAUCGAUUGCAAGUGUAAUCCAUACGGUUCCGUUUCCAUUGAAUGUGAUGCAUUCACUGGAGAUUGCAUGUGUAAGGAUGGCAUCAUUGGUGAACGGUGCGAUAAAUGUGGUCAACCUACGGCAAUUUUGGAAAGUGGCGGUUGUACAGUUUGUGACAACUGUACACUUACAUUACUCGAGAGCUCAAACGACCUUGGUUAUUACAUUCAAACGGAAACUCGUCACAUCGAUUUGGACUCCAUUCCAGCGCCAUGGUCACGACUGUUAUCGUACGAAAAUACAACGGAGCAUCUCAUCAUAAGGCUAAAUGACAUUACCAAAUCAACGGAAAAAAUAGAGAAUUACAACGAUUUGCAAAUCGAUAAGUUGAGUUCAAAGGGAUCGAAUUUGAAUACACGAUGGCAAAAAAUGUUAACAAAAGCGGUGAAGCGAAGCCAAAUAUCGGAUAACUUGAGAACGAUUGCGAUUACAUUCUGGAACGAAAUGGAAUACGUUCAAAAUGAAACGCAAGAGCAUAUCAAUGUGCUCAACGUUUUCGGAAUUGGCAGUCAUCAUGUCAAUCUACCGAUUGCGCUGGCUGAAUCACAACAACUGCUGAAAAGUAUUCUCGGUGUCGUCGAUAGUCAUAAUGUCGCCCAUCGUGCGCAUCAAUGUGCGGUCACUUUGAUCGAUCAGUGGUCCAAUACGUCAUCAAUUUUAAGCGAUCAAAUGCUUGAGGCGCUUCAACUCAAAUACGAUAUAAUUAAUGCGAAGAACCGACUCUAUGAUUUGAUUCAAAAUAUUUAUAAGACAUCGGAUACAAUUACCAAUGCAAAGGGCAUUCAUGCUGCUAACGAGAAAAACUAUGGCAAAUUGGUUCACCAGCAGCAGAAAAUAAUGCAACUGCACGGAAGUAUCAAUGACAUUUACAAGGCAAAUAUUAUACCUGAAACCGACACUGUGUUUAACAUGAUCGUUGACAACCAUCAGAAACUGAGACAGGAUCUCGGCACAAUCAUUCAAUUGAAGACGAUUGUUCGUGAUGCAGACGCCAAAUCCACUCAGCAAUUGGAUGGCAUACGACAAGAGUGGCUACCGUUGGCCCAGAACUAUUCGAAUAGUUUGAUGAACAUCGCCAGAGAAUACGUCGGCCUUUUUCAAAAUACGAAAAAUAGCGCCGAAGCGGCAAUGGUUGCAAGUACGGCAUAUAAAAAUAUCACCGACUCAGUUACAAUGGCACGCGAUUUAGCAACUCGAGCUAGACAGACAGCCAUCGAAAGUGAGAAUGAACUUUAUCCAAAACAAGACGAGUCAAUAAUUGAAAAAAGUACAAAGUCAUUGAAGAAAUCGCAAAAAAUCCACCAACAUUCAUUAAAAGAGAUGGAAAAACUGGAUGAUUUGGAACAUUCACUGAAAUCACAGUGGCGCAAGGUCGACUCAAUCAAAAAUACCAUAUGGCAAACGGGCUUGAGAAACAAUAACCUCUCACUGACCUUGAAUUCAUUUUCAAAGAAUGACACACAAGAAUUUUUAAAGCGUACUAUUGAAGUAGCCCAAAGAGUAUCGGAACAGAUGCGUGAAGUACGUCGUAGUGCAAUAGCAAUUACCGGCACCGAUAUUUACAAAUUGAAAUUGAAACUGGCUUCGCUAGAACCACAAUGGGCUGUCAAAUUUGGCUUGGCUGAGGAAAAUGUUUCGCAAUCGAUGAGAAAUAUCAAGGAUAUCAAAAACACUUUGAGCAGUAUUGAGACGUCUUCAAGGCGGAAUGAUGAGAAAUUCAACAAAUGGAAUGAAACCAUGUCGGUGUUGAUGCAAGAUUUAAAAGCCAAAAUCGCCAAAGCACGACACAUUGCCGAUGGAAUUCGCGUUUCACUGGCGUCGAAAUCAGUGAAAUGUAUCCGUUCGUAUUCGUUGCCAACAUUGGGAUUGGCUACGGCCAACAGCAUAAAGCUAUCGAUUGCACUGAAUUCAAAAAUGGCAACGACACCCAUCUUGUUUAUGCAAGGAGAAGAUAAUCGCUACUUAGCCAUUGAAUUGGUAAAAAGGAAGAUACGAUUUGUAUGGAAUUUGGGUGGAGACACCGCAUCCAUAACACAUCCAAUGGAAUUGCAUAAGAAAGAUUUGAAUUACGAUGAGGCAUGGUAUCAAAUCGAGGCGAACCGAACAAUGAACGUUGGCAACUUGAUAGUGCGUCAAAUGGGUACGGGCUGGACAAAGGCAACAUCAGUACAAAGUACAGCAUCGCAACCAGAAUCGACUCGAAUCAUAUUUACACCGAAUAAGCGUUUGUGGAUUGGCGGAGUGCCGGAUGAAAUUCGACCGCAAGAGCUGCUGGCACAGGAAGCUGGCCUCAACGCAGUCUUGAGUAAUGUUUACAUCGAUGAAAAACGGAUUGGUUUGUGGAGUUUCAUGCACACCGAAGGCGAGUGUGAUGGUGCAACGUUGGGCGCUCGCGAAAUCACAUCCAUCGACAAUGCGCGCCAUUUUAAUGGCCAAGGAUAUUCGGUUGUGAAAAAAGAGCGCUCAAAACCGUACAAGAAAAACUUUUUCGCCCUGCAGCUCACAUUCAAAACUUUGGACGAAAAUGCGCUACUUUUCUUGGCAAUCGACGAAAAAAAUAAUCGGUCCAUUUCGCUUACACUUUAUGAUGGAAGAAUUAUGUUCCGCAUUGAUUACGGAGGCACAUCAAAGCUCGAGAUUAGCACUGCCAAGAAGUACAACACGGGACGAUGGACAAGUGUUGAAGUUGCGCGUGAAUUUACAUCAAAACGAAGUACAGAGAAUGGAAACCUCAAAGUGAAUAACGAAGAACCAUUGACGGGCUCACCAACGACGCCAAUCACGUCGAGCUUGUUGCCGGACUUGUCGCGAGCCGUUUACUAUUUGGGAGGAAUUCCGCCUGAUUUUAAAUCGGCCAUAAGCAAAGCACCAGGAGCUGACAAUGCCUAUUUGGGAUGCAUGAAAGAUAUCCAAAUCAACGGUGAAACAUACGAUCCACUCGAGACAUCACUGCGCAACGGUGUCGAAGCAUCUUGCCGAGAGACCAUAACACGUGCUGGCUUUUAUGGAAAUGGUUACCUUGAACUGCCGAAUCAUUCGCUUCGCAAGCGGGCGAAUGUUGGAUUUGUAUUUAAGACGUUACAGGCCGAUGCAUUAAUACUGUUGUCGGUGGUGCCUGCUGUGGAAAUAGCCAAUAACUAUUAUGACGAAAAAGAUUUGCGCUCAAAUUAUUCAUUUGCACUUGUAAAUGGUCGAAUUGAAUUUUGGGCAGAUGCAGGCCGUGGUAGAAUAGAGUUAAAUUCGAAUAACACGCUCAACGAUGGCGAGUAUCACACCGUGAAUGUACUGAAGAUGGGCCGGAAGUUUGAGCUACGAGUCGACGAUGAAUAUCAAAUGAGCCAAUCUUUAUCGGCACAACCGUUUGUAAUAAAUAUGAUUGAAGGUUCCGGUGGAUUUUACGUUGGUGGCAUUCCAAAUGUACCGGAAUACUUGAAUUUACUCCAACGAGCCGAUCCAUUCCAUGGAACAAUCAAAGACUUCGUAGUCAACAAUCAAACGAUAUCAUUUAGUGAUUUGGUGAAUUCGACUUCGGUUGAUGUUGGACGCGAUGGACCGAAAAUGGGUCAGCAUGAAUUGUAUAAUGAAAUGUUGAUGAAAACGGAACCGAUUAGUAAAAGUUUCACUGCCGCGCCAGAGGGUUGCCAUCGAGUUGGCUCCUAUUCAUACGAACCGAAUGCAUUCAAGUUUGGCGACACACCACAGAGUCACUCCAUCAUAAACAUUGGCAAGCAUUUGUGGCAAACAAACUUUGAUAUUCAGUUCGAUUUUCGAACCUUUUAUCCAAAUGGCUUGCUAUUCUUUGUGCCGGGUACAAAAGAGAAGCAAAAACAUUUUUUCACAUUAAUCCUACGGAAUGGGCAGCUUAAUGUUGUUGCACGCGGUCGAAAACGUAUUGAAACCAUUAUGUCACGCAAACUGAAUGACGGUCGCUGGCAUCGAAUCACAUUAAAAUGUGUUAAUAAGGUGCUGACAAUCCGGAUUCAGAGCGAUGGCAAUCUCAAUGCGAUUGAUGAAGAAGUUUUGAAAAUGCCGCGUCGCAUCAGCGCAUCGAAUAUUAUGUACGUCGGUGGCAUUGUGGACAGUAUGCUCACAUUUUCGGCCGAAUUAACGUCGAAAUUGGAACAAUUCAAGGGUUGCAUUCGACGUCUCCUCAUGAAUAAUAUAUCGCAGGAUUUGGCAAGACCCGGAAAACACUUCGCCAUCGGCCAGUGCUUCCCAAAUGUUGAGAAGGGAUCGUAUUUUGCGGGCGAUGCUUAUGCCAUUUACAAACGCAUAUUCCACGUGGGAAAGUAUCUUGAGCUGCGGUUCGAGUUUCGUACAUCUGAAAUGCAAGGCAUGAUUCUAAGUGUGGCCGAACCCGUUGGUUUCCCAGCCAUUUCAAUUGAACUACACAAGGGAAAGAUCGUCAUGUCAUGUGAUUUGGGUGAUGGCAAUCCAUUCCGCGUUGAAAGCAAUGUCCCAUCGAAGUACACUCUCUGCGACAACAACUGGCACAAUGUGUCAGCCAUUUAUGAUUCCAAUCAAAUUGCGAUCCGCGUUGAUAACUUACCAUCCGUCAACAAAUUGAAGCAACAUGAGACUUUGGGAAAAGUUCACACCAAGAGCCCAUUGUACAUUGGCGGCCUACCAGAUACAGCGCCAAGUGGUACACUGUUGAAUCGUGAAAACUUCAAAGGCUGCAUACGAAAUGUUGUCAUUAGAAAUGAGCUCAAAGAUUGGACCGAUAUGGAUGAAAUACAAAAUGUACUACUCAGCGAAUGUCUAAUUAUGUCAUAGAAGGGAAAUUGCAUGUGUUAAAUUGCCAUAUAAUAUUACGUAGAUUUAAAAACUAUUUAUCAGCAUUUAGCCUUAACUUUAAUUUAUAUUCUACUUAAGAGCAAAUAAAUUGAUAAAAAUCACAAA